AUGGCUCUCGCAACGAAGCUCAAGGCGCCGAAUGGGCGGUCGUUUACGCUGCCCACCGGCCUGUUCAUCAACAAUGAGUUUGUCAAGGCCGCCUCUGGCAAGCGCCUGUCGAGCGUGAGCCCGACUGACGGCAAGGAAAUCUGCUCCGUCGAGGCGGCAGGCCAAGAGGACGUCGACCGGGCCGUCCGCGCGGCGCGGCAGGCGUUCCGCUCCCCCUCGUGGCGCGACAUCACGGGCGGCGCGCGCGGCGCCCUCAUGCACAAGCUGGCGGACCUGGUCGAGCAGCACCAGGAGACGCUGGCGACCAUCGAGACGUGGGACAACGGCAAGCCGUACAGCGUGUCGCUCAACGAGGACCUGCAGGAGGUCAUCGGCUGCAUCCGCUACUACGCGGGCUGGGCGGACAAGAUCCACGGGCAGACGAUCCCGACGACCAAGCACAAGCUGGCGUACACGCUGCGGCAGCCCGUGGGCGUGUGCGCGCAAAUCAUCCCCUGGAACUACCCGCUCGCCAUGGCGGCGUGGAAGCUGGGCCCCGCGCUGGCCACGGGCAACACCGUCGUCCUCAAGCCCGCCGAGCAGACGCCCCUGUCCAUUCUGUACUUUGCCGACCUGGUGCGCCAGGCGGGCUUCCCGGCGGGCGUGCUCAACAUCGUCAACGGGCUGGGGCGCGACGCGGGCCAGGCGCUGGCGAGCCACCGCGGCAUCGACAAGAUUGCGUUCACGGGCUCGACGCUGACGGGCCGCGAGAUCAUGAAGACGGCGGCCGUCAAGCUCAACAACAUCACGCUCGAGACGGGCGGCAAGUCGCCGCUGCUCGUCUUCGCCGACGCCGACAUCGAGCAGGCCGCCAAGUGGGCGUAUGUCGGCAUCAUGAGCAACCAGGGGCAGGUCUGCACGGCGACGUCGCGCCUCCUGGUGCAGGCGUCGGUGGCGGACAAGUUCACGCGCGCCCUGCUCGACGUGGUGCGCGCCGAGGCCAAGACGGGCGACCCCUUUGCCGAGAGCACGACGCACGGCCCGCAGGUGUCGCGCGCGCAGUACGACAAGAUCCUGGGCUUCAUGGAGCGGGCCAAGAAGCAGGGCGCGCGGUGCGAGCUGGGCGGCGGGUCGGCGCAGCGCGAGGCCACGCCCGGCGGCGACGGCUUCUUCGUGCAGCCGACCGUCUUUUCGGGCGUGACGCAGGACAUGGAGGUCUUUCGCGAGGAGGUGUUUGGCCCGCUCGUCACGGUGACGCCGUUCCGGGACGAGGACGAGGCCGUGGCGCUGGCCAACGACAGCAUCUACGGGCUGGCGGCGGCGGUUUUCAGCAAGGACAUUGAGCGGUCGCAUCGCGUGGCGGCGGCGCUCGAGGCGGGCAUGGUGUGGAUCAACUCGAGCAACGACUCGGAGAUUCAGGUGCCGUUUGGCGGCGUCAAGCAGAGCGGCAUCGGCCGCGAGUUGGGCGAGGCCGGGCUGGCAGGUUACACGGAGAUUAAAGCCGUGCACGUCAACCUGGGGUCGAAGCUGUAG